AUGCCAAAGAAGCCUGUAAACUGGUGGCUAUGGACCAAGGUUAUGCUCGGCGGAGCUGUCAUCUCCGUCGGCGGCCCUUGGAUCACCAUGAAGUUGAUCCCGACCGAAGAAGAGCUGUUUAAGCGAUAUAACCCGGAUCUACAAAAACGGAGCCUGGAAAACAAGGAAAAGAGGGAACAGGACUUCGACGACUUUGUGUCCAUGAUCAAGCAAGCCGCCAAGUCCGACAAGCACAAUCUCGGAUCUAGACCUUUUACCGACCCCUUCACCUCCCGCCCUUUUCUCCGCCUUGACGCAUCCGUCACACACCCAAUCCCUCAACAUGGAUACGGAAGUUCAGGAGCGUCUCAAGAAGCUUGGUGCCAGCGCCCGUAUCGCGGCAAGGGUACUCCCAGGCGCAAGGUCAAGAGGGCGCCGGCCCGCUCCGGUGCCGAUGACAAGAAGCUCCAGGCUACGUUGAAGAAGCUCAACGUUCAGCCUAUCCAGGCUAUCGAGGAGGUCAACAUGUUCAAGGAGGACGGCAACGUCAUCCACUUCUCUGCCCCCAAGGUCCAUGCUGCCGUUCAGGCCAAUACCUUCGCCAUCUACGGUAACGGUGAGGAUAAGGAGCUUACUGAGCUCCUCGCCGAGAGCUACCAGCUCCAGAAGAAGGAUGAGGACGAUGAGGAUAUCCCCGACCUCGUCGAGGGUGAGAACUUCGAGUCCAAGGUCGAGUAA